AUGAGAUUCCUUUGCUUACACGGCGGCGGCACAAAUGGCGAAAUAUUUGAAAUCCAAACUGGAGGUAUCCGCCAAAUACUAGAGAAAAAUGGUCAUCGCUUCACAUUCAUGAAUGGAAAGAUGGACGCCAAAGUCGAAGAGGAACUCGAAGGCAUAGUGGAUGGCCCCUUCUAUAACCACUAUACUCGAGGUUCAUCGCCAGGCUCCAGCAUCCUUGAAGCCUUCGAUCACACUAAGCAGUUCAUUGCAAAGGAAGGCCCAUUCGAUGCAGUGAUAGGCUUCUCACAAGGCGCGGCACUAGCAUCCUCACUUUUAAUCUACCAGAGCAAGAAAUACCCUGCUGAACCGCCGCUCUUCCGCGCAGCGGUGUUUAUUUGUGGCGCGGCGCCGUGGGAUAGUACCGGACUGCAACAUAUCGCGCCGCAGCCGGAUACGUAUCCAAUUACCAUUCCGACGGCAAAUAUUGUUGGUAAGGCGGAUGCGCUGUUCCCCGAGGGCGUAAGAUUAUUCGAGCUUUGUGAGCCCGCACAGGCGGUUUUCUAUGAUCAUGGUUCUAAGCAUAUGGUUCCAUUUGAUAUGAAGAAUACGGAACAGAUGGCUAGGGUUAUUGAGGAGACCGUUGCGAAGGCUAUUAGGGGUUAG